CCGACAUUCCCCACCAGGAGGAAAGAGCCGGAACCAGGUGACUUCGUGUACUCCCAUAACAGCCCUGCCGCUCCGCGUGAGCCUGUGUCCUCAUCCUUGGACACCAUUCCAACCUGAGGCUGGUUCUCCGAGUCAGGCCUGGCUGAGGGGAGGCCUGCAGCAUGCGUGGGCAUGCAGCCUUUGACCCAUCCUGGUGCCCUGACUGACCGGCCACAAAGACAGAGAGUGAGUCUUACCCACCCCCUGGGGGACCAGUCUGCUCAGCCAAGGAGCCCCGUGGAGCCGGGGGGUGGCACCAGUGCCCAGCCUGCCUCGAGGAGGCCCCGGCCAGACCAUGGCAGGCCUCUGUGACAGGGCCCCUGACUUCCUCUCCCCCACUGGAAACCAGGCCCUGGGGCCCACCCUGGGCAGUGUAGUGGCUCUGAACUGCACAGCCUGGGUGGUCUCUGGGCCCCACUGUCCCCUGCCCUCAGUCCAGUGGCUGAAAGACAGGCUGCCGCUGGGCGAUGGGAGCCACUAUGACCUCCAUGAAGACUCCUGGGUCAAGGACAACUUAUCAGAGGUGCUUGUGUCCAGUGUUCUGGGGGUCAACCUGACCCGUGCUGAGGACUAUGGGGCCUUUACCUGCUCCAUCCGGAAUGUCAGCUCCUCUUCCUUCACUCUUUGGAGAGCUGGCCCAGCAGGCCACGUGGCCGCGGUGCUGGCCUCACUGCUGGUGCUGCUGGCCCUGUUCCUGGCGGCCCUGCUCUAUGUGAAGUGUCGCCUCAGUGUGCUUCGCUGGUACCAAGACGCCUGCGGGGAGGUGGAGAUGAACGACGGGAAGCUCUACGACGCCUACGUCUCCUAUAGCGACAGCCCCGAGGACCGGAAGUUCGUGAACUUCAUCCUGAAACCGCACCUAGAGCGGCGUCGGGGCUACAAGCUCUUCCUGGAUGACCGCGACCUCCUGCCGCGCGCGGAGCCCUCCGCGGACCUGCUGGUGAACCUGAGCCGCUGCCGGCGCCUCAUCGUGGUGCUGUCGGACGCCUUCCUGGGCCGGGCCUGGUGCAGCCACAGCUUCCGGGAGGGCCUGUGCCGGCUGCUGGAGCUCACGCGCAGACCCAUCUUCAUCACCUUCGAGGGUCAGAGGCGCGACCCCGUGCACCCCGCGCUCCACCUGCUGCGCCAGCACCGCCACCUGGUGACCUUGCUGCUCUGGAGGCCCGGCUCCGUGGCGCCUUCUUCAGAUUUUUGGAAAGAGCUGCAGCUGGCGCUGCCACGGAAGGUGCGGUACAGAGCAAUGGAGGGAGACCCCCAGACCCGGCUGCAGGAUGACAAAGACCCCAUGCUUAUUGUACAAGGCCACGUCCCAGAGGGUCGGACUCUGAACCUGCAGCUGGACCCCGACCCCGAGGGGGACCUGGGUGUCCGAGGGCCAGUCUUUGGGGAGCCGUUAGCUCCACUGCAUGCAAGUGGGGUCUCGCUUGGAGAGGGCCGGGGCAGCGAGGUAGAUGUCUCCGACCUCGGCUCCCGCAACUACAGCGCCCGCACGGACUUCUACUGCCUGGUGUCGGAGGAUGACGUGUAGCCCCCACCCGCCAGAACAGCACGAUCUCCAAGGACAGCUGGGUGCAGAGUGGGGUGGGGUCUUUCUCCUCUUAGCAGGACUACCAGCCCUGAGACCCUCAGGGAAGGGGAGUUGCUCCAGUGUGCCUCCUACUGCCAGGAAAUA